AUAAUCCUUUUAGUCAUGUUAUACUUUGCUUUUAUACAAUAAAAAAUUGCACAAUGAAUGUCCCGAGAAAUUUAUUUAUAUCUCUUUGCGAAGUUUCGUGUUUCGUGGCUUAAUAUUUUAAGGAUUUACAACCUUAUACAUUUUUCAAACUUCAUUUUUUAAGACACCGAACCGACAAAAAAAGUAAGGCACUUUUGAAUUGAAACGGGCAAGUAGUAAUAUGAGCUUGUUGAUUCUAUCAACAGAUGGAGUAUUGUAAAUCUGCAAGUGGCAAAAUAAUUCCCGAUUAGUAUAAAUAAUGUACAUCAAGCCUGAUCCAAACGCGAUUCUGUUUCCAUUAUGUCCAAAUUCACGUGCUCGAUAUUUCAAAUUUACUUUCAUCGUGCCUAAUGCUAAAGUUAUAAGUUUUAAUAAUCCAAUUCUAAAUCAUAAAAUCGUUGAUGAUUUCAAAAAUCGUCACCCACGCUCUCACGAGCCAAGAAAAACUAUCUCAAGAGCAAGAUGAUCUCAUCUGCACACGUCAAAAUUAUCUCGUACCGCGUGCCUCCCGCGCGUGUUGUUUUUAUUUCGAUGCUAUCCACUCGCGGUGUGUCGCGAAGUAAAAGGUCAUCGACGCAUAAAGCUUAUACCACAAAUACUUAUAAUUUUAUUCGAUAAGGCUUGUGGGGAGUCGAGUGAUGCGAAUUUUCGACGUUGGUUGCGCGAUCGCACAUAUGUGACGCGUCUUCUGUGAAAGCACUCGAGUCUGCAUGUUUAUCUGAAAAACAAGAACUCCUUAUCAGCCCGGCUAGUGUAUUUUUUAUGUAACUUACAUCGAUUCUGUGAUCGACGAACGAGUGCAACGCAACGAAAAUGAAUAAUUUUAAUAGGGUUGUUUCUCUGCAAAAGAGAUUUUACAGCUCCAAAUUCAAGCUGAAUGAUGUUGUCAUCGUCAGUGCAGCAAGAACCCCUAUGGGGUCAUUUUUAGGAUCUCUAUCUUCAAUUUCAGCAACUAAACUUGGUGCAGUAGCUAUACAAGCUGCUAUCGAAAGAGCUGGAAUCGCUAAAGAACAAGUUAAAGAAGUGUAUAUGGGUAAUGUUUGUCAAGGAAGUUUGGGACAAGCGCCAGCUCGACAGGCCACAUUGUUUGCUGGGUUGCCCAAAUCAACUAUUUGCACAACAGUAAACAAAGUCUGUGCAAGUGGAAUGAAAAGUGUAAUGCUGGGUGCUCAAGCUUUACAGUGCGGUCAUCAAGAUGUUGUUCUUGCUGGUGGAAUGGAAUCUAUGUCUAAUGUACCAUUUUAUUUGAAACGAGGACAAACAACAUAUGGUGGUAUGAAAUUGGAGGAUGGAAUUGUUUUUGAUGGUUUGACAGAUGUUUAUAAUAAAUGUCACAUGGGUAACUGUGCUGAAAAUACAGCCAAGAAAUUGGGAAUUUCCAGACAACAACAAGAUGAAUAUGCCAUUAGUAGUUAUAAAAGAAGUGCAGCAGCAUAUGAAAACAAUGUUUUCAAAGAUGAGCUAGUACCUGUCAAUGUCCCACAGAAAAAAGGCAAACCAGAUCUAAUUUUUACAGCUGAUGAAGAAUAUAAAAAGGUCAACUUUGAAAAGUUUGAUAAACUUGCCACUGUUUUUCAGAAAGAAUAUGGAACUGUAACAGCUGGUAAUGCUUCAACUCUUAAUGAUGGAGCAGCAGCUUUAAUUUUAACUACUGCAGAAAAUGCACAAAAAAUGAAUCUCACACCGUUGGCAAGGAUAGUUGGAUUCCAAGAUGCAGCAACUGACCCUAUUGAUUUUCCUAUUGCUCCUGCUUUAGCGAUUCCUACUCUUUUAGAAAAGUCAGGUGUCAAUAAAAAUGAUAUUGCUAUGUGGGAGGUGAAUGAAGCUUUCAGUGUUGUUGCUGUUGCCAAUCAAAAAUUAUUGGACAUAGAUCCUGCCAAAGUAAACAUGCAUGGUGGAGCUGUAUCACUAGGUCAUCCUAUUGGAAUGUCUGGAGCUAGAAUUGUUGUCCACUUGGUACAUGCUUUGAAAAAGGGAGAAAAAGGAGUCGCUUCUAUCUGUAAUGGUGGUGGUGGUGCAUCAUCAAUUUUGAUUGAAAAAUUGUAAGUUUUUUUUUUUUUUUUUUGUCUAAUAUUAUGUGAUAUCAUAGGCAAAGCCAAGGGCUUUAAUUGGUCUUCAAGAAGUGAUAAAAUCCUGUAUUUAUAUUUGAUACUCUAUUUUUUAUCUGUGCUGUUUUUGAUAAUAUAGAAUAUUUUUAUAAAUGAAUGUUGUA